AUGGCUUCUGCUGGCAAGAAGAUGGAGACAGAAUUCAGCAGGUUGAAGAAUGAAUUUCAUUCGAGAGCUGGUUUAGGGACUUCUUACACUUAUGAGGUGCGAAAAGAAUCGCAUCUUGAUAAAGUUAUCGAUUCUUCCGAAUACACUCUUGAUAAUUUCUUCAACAAUUACUAUGUUGCAAUUAUGAAGAGUAAUUUAACUAAAUGGGCCGUUCGCUUAAGAAGAAAAGAUGGUAUUGCUGAAGAUGAUAAGAUUAUGCGAGAUGUUGAUUGGAAUGACAAAUCUAACAGUUCUGCUCGCAGAUCUAACGACUCAAGCUGGCUUAAUUGCCCUGUCAUUCUAGAAGGCUGCCAAGAGGUGAAAUCUUUGGGUGAUAAGACUUCAAUUAAAGGCAAGAAUAUUCCUAAAAGACCUAUGUCUAAAUCUUCAUCAAAAAGGACAUCUUCAAUGGAUGAACUCCUUAGGAAGCGUAAAAGAUAUGAUUCUUAUUCAAGUUCGGAGUCUAGUGAGGAUGAUAUCCUUGCUUAUGAUGAUUCAUCAGUUCUUUCUUCUUUGAAAGAGUUGUCCAAUCUUUUUGCUGGAGAUCUUUUGACUGCUGUUGAUAAUGAAAAAUUGAAUCGUGCUUUUAAAAUGGUUUCUAAAAUAUGUGAUGCUCCUACUUUAGAAGAUUCAUCUCUUCGUGGAGCUGCCUCUGCGAUAAAUCCGAACCUCCAAUUUACAAUCAGUUCUUUGGGAGCCCGUUUAUCUUAUGUAAUCUCCUUAGACUACCAAAGGAGACUUACUAAACUUGAGAAAGAAAAUGCCAAGCUUAAAGCUGAGAAUUCGACCAAUUCUGAUUUGAUUCGCAAAGCCCGAGAAAGAAAUGAUGAACUCAUUGACCUGUAUAACCUUUCAGAUGAGGCUGCCAAUCUUCCUGAUGAACAAAUUCAAGUUUUGGAAACAAAGAAGAAUAAGCUUAUUGAUGAGAAAGAUGAGAUUGCUCUUAAGGGUGCGAAAGCACUAGAAAAAUUCCAAGAAUCCAUUGUUGAGGUUCCAAAAGAACGUGAUUUAGCUUUGAGCGAAAAGAACGUACUUGUCGAAGAAAGAAAUUUGAUUCGCUCUCAACUUCUCAUAGAAAGCGAAGCUGAAUUUAGUUGGGAUGCUAGGGUUCUGAAUGAUGCUAGAGAGAAUUUAGCUAUUAAUGUGAGUCUUCAAGCUGAACAUUCCGCAUUGGUUAAAGACAUUGUUUCUAAUUAUGAAGAUAAGGAGAAGAAUUAUCUUCAGAAGAUUGAAGAAUUAGAAACUCGCUUAGCUUCUGAAGAAGAGAAGAAUUAUCCUCAGAAGAUCGAAGAAUUAGAAACUCGCUUAGAUUCUGAAGAAAAAGAUUUAUCUGUUCGCAACUCUAAGUAUCAACAAUUGAAGAAGAAUUUCAUCAUCAUGGUUUCAAACAAUAGCAAUGAUGCUAAUUGUGCUCGCGAAACUGCUGUUAAGAAAGUCUGUGUUGAGAAUAACAUCCCUCUUACAAAGUAUAGAUUUCCAGAAAUCCCUGAUAAUGAACAUAUUUCUGACAUUUCAGACAGUGAGGGAGAAAAUGAAGAAUCUGAAGAAGAAAUGAGCGGUUCGGAACCUGAGCGAGAUGAAGAAAAAUGA